AGAUGGAAGCAGAAGGCGACUUGAAUCUUAGUACGUCCAAGAUGGCGACGACUUGCCACGCCCCCGCACGGCCAGCCAAAGUCACCAGGAGCAGCCUAAAUGGCGCUCGUUCGCCCACAAUAAUCAAAAGGUUGCGCAAGAGCACUCGGAGCACACGUUUUAAAGCGAAGCUCCAAGGGCGCAGCAACAAUCCAAAUGGCGGUGCAGCGGGCGCCAACAGCCACCACAAUGGACAGCUGAAUGGAAGUGGAGCUGGGACUGGUGCAGGCUCAGGCUAUGCGCCGAAUGCAGGUGGUGCAGGCAAGUCGCACGGCAAGGCGGGCUUGGGCGGCGCUGUAGGCAGCUCCGCUGGAGGUGCGGGUGGAGGCGGACCACGGAAUCGGCGCUCCCUGUUCAAGCGGCCCGCGCAGAAAACGCCGCGAGUCCAAGCCUCGAUGCAAUACGUCAAGAGUGUCUUCUACAAGGGCAGCUACAUGCAGAUCGGCGACAUUGUGAGCAUUGUGGAUAGCGAACGUAACGUCUACUACGCCCAGAUCCGAGGACUGCUCGUGGACGCCUACUGCGAGAAGUCGGCGUUUCUCACCUGGCUAAUACCCACGCAGGACAGCCCCGACCCUCAAGAGGGCUUCGAUCCAGCCACCUACCUAAUAGGCCCCGAUGAGGAGUUGUCGCGCAAGCUCUGCUAUCUGGAGUUCGUGAUGCACGCGCCUAGCAACUACUACUACGACUGCACCACGCCCUUCCCACUGCCCGACAUCGAUGACUACCAUAGAUCGGGCGGCUACAUCUGGACGCGUUUGCCCACUGUAAAGCGGGAGCGAGAGCGAGAGAAGGAACGUAUCAAGGACCGGGACCGGGACAUGGAGCGAAAGUCGGCUGCCUAGCAGUACCCACGCCUGCGCCGGCGGCUACAGGCCCAUCCCCGCCAGCACAUUUCAACAGCUUAAGUUAUUCUUUAAAUAUAUUUUAUUCUAUUUCUCUUGGAAUCCUUAAGAAACUCGUUAAAGACGCAGAAAACUA